AUGAGUCCAACAUCAAGGCAAUCCUGCAUACUCUGUUCCAGGAUCUUCACGCAUAACCAGGGCCGGUACUCGCCGUGGGCGCUGCUCUGCUCCAGCUUUAGCGGGGUCAGACACUCUGUAGCGCGUGUUAUUCUGGAGAGAUCGGCGCGGGCCGGGUGCAAACUAUGUCGGCUACUGUUUAUCACGGUAUUGGAAGCGGACCAGAAAAAGGCCCAAGUUGAGGAUGACGAGAAGCGCAGAGAGGAAGACGAGCAGGACAACGAGGAGAUCCAUUUCCAGUUCUCUUUUGAGAAGAGAUUGCAAAACGACACCAAGAUCAUCAAGCCUGUCCUGCAGGUGUCCCGGCUCGACACCGUCUUCUCUCGGACACUAGAGUUCGACGUAGGAACUCUCGAUGGCGAUCCUCUGGGCGAAGUACAAACCAUUAGUGUACCACAUGCACUUUCUAUUGAAGAUGCGAAACUGAACGUGGCGUUGCCUGUCCGGAAGCAAAAGUCGGACAGGGGCACACGGACUAUCUUUCAGAUGAUCCAAGGCUGGGUCAAGUCGUGCGAUGAGCGGCUCCCUGAGAAAGAUGCGGCUCAUUGCUGCGCUCUGAAUCCGACGGUGCCGACCCGGCUAAUCGACGUUUCCGGAGCGCCUCAAAAAUUGCGCCUGAUCAACACCGGAGGCAAGGCCCAUGCCGCGUAUGCUGCACUAAGUUAUUGCUGCGGCGACGCAGAGCCACUGCAGACGACGAAGAGCAACGUGGCGCAGCACAUGGACGACAUAGCCAUCACCAAGCUUCCCUGGAUGUUUCUGGACGCCGUCAAAACGGCGCGGUGGCUGGACCUGAAGUACAUCUGGAUAGAUGCGUUGUGUAUCAUCCAGGAUGACGAGGACGACCGCGAGCACGAGAUGGCGCGCAUGCACAACACGUUCCAGAACUCGUACGUCACCAUCGUGGCGGCGCGGGCGCGGAGUUGUCGAGAAGGUUUUCUGAAGGCAGACAACCUCUGGAACCCGCUGGCGACGCUGACGUUGCGCUGCGAGAGCGGCGAGAAAGGGAGCAUGCUCCUGACGCCGAAGAAGGACAACUUUCCCCGAAACGAAUACCACACGCUGCGAGAACCGCCGUACGAGCGCGCCUGGACGCUGCAGGAGGUUGUGCUCUCGCCGCGCGUCCUCAUCUACACGCACGACUCGGUCGUGUGGAAGUGUUUCUGCCACGACAAAGGGCUCGUCUACAACUCGCUCACAGGCGAGGCGUGGGGCCGCGACUGGAACGCCUACUGUGCCUCGGCAGGCCUGAUAACCAUGCGCCUAUGCCCAUCGGGCCGCAUCAUCCAGCCCGGCGUGACGGCCACCAUGCCUUCCUUCCUCCUCAUCGACCCCUCGUCACCCGGCGAAGGCGGCAAGCUCAGCCGGGCCCAGACGCGCGCCCACCAGCUCUACCGCAUCUGGGAAUUCCUGGUGCAGGACUACUCGAUCCGCCGCCUCACGUACCCGGACGACAAGCUGCCCGCGCUGGCCGGCCUGGCCGCCUACUUCCAGCGCGCGCUGAACGACGCCUACCUAGCCGGCCUGUGGAAGGGCCACUUCGUGCACGAGCUGUGCUGGACCGUCGACGCCAAGCGCGCCCAAGCGACGGGCGGUGUUAGCCUGCCGCCGACCUGGCGCGCGCCCUCGUGGUCGUGGAUGUCCAUUGAUGGCCCCAUCGCCUUCGAGGCCAACCGCCACACCACCUUCGAGUCGCACAUCUCGCACUUCCGCUGCGUCGUCGAGCCGCUCGUUCCCGGCGCCCCCUUUUCGCGCCUGCGUCCGGGCGCCUUCGUCGACCUCGCCGCCCUCAUGCUGCCCUACGACGCCACCGAGGACUGCCGCAUCUUCUUCGACUGCGGCGGCGGCAUGAGCGGCGCCAUGGGCGCCCCGCUGAGCCCGGCCGCACCCAAGCGUCCCGAGCUGUGGCUCCUCCUCGCCGCUACCUGCCAGACCUUCACCAGCCAGAAGCGCCACGGCAAUCUGCUGCCCAGCGGGAGUAUCUGGGGGCUCGUGUUGCAGGCGACCCCGGACGGAGGGGGUGAUACGUUUGAGAGGGUCGGCCAUUUCACUGGUGGAUGGCGCGCUGCCCAGCAGUUUCCGGGGAAUGAGAAGCAGAUUAGGAUUAUUUAG